GAGGAGAAAAAUUAAAAAAAGAAAAAGGCAUAAUGUUGGACAGCUUCCAUGUCUCUUCCUAAUUCCAAAUGAAAUUGUCUUUUGCUUCCAAAGCCAACCCCAAGAACAACGUGGCUUCUUCGCUUAACAAUUAAAAGAAAAAACAAAUAGAACCACCCCACCCCACCCCACGCAAAACGCAGAGUUCGCCAACUUCCUCGUACUCAUUUCUCAUCGACGGCGACACCUCAGUUCUCCUUCAUCAACCCAUCGGGGUAAUCAUAUCAUUCCCUCUCAACUAUUUGAUUCGAAUUUCGGAUCAUACCCAGUACCAGAUCCGGGAUCUCAUGCCUCAGAAACCCAUCUUCCUGGGGUUUCUCUUUCUAUUUCUCUUCCUUCUCUGCCAUGCGGAUCCGAAUCCCACCUGCUCCAAAACCAGCCCCCUCGUGGGCCUCCGAUCCGAGUUCAAAAUGGUCCAGCACCAGCUCCGCGGCGCCCUAACAAUCCUCGACGAUUGCUCUUUCCGGGUCUCCCAGUUCGACAUGCUACCCGGAUCCGACGUCCACUGGUGGGGCUCCGUCGCGCCCGACUUCGCAAACCUCACCGCCAAGGGCUUCGUCGUUUCGGACCAAACCCUAAACGACACCUACACCAACGCCACCUUCGUCGUGCAUUUGAGAAGCAACGUCACCUGGGAUCGGAUCCAAGUCCUCUCCGUUUGGGACCUCCCCACCGCCUCAGAUUUCGGCCACGUCGUCCUCGAAGUCCCUCCUGCCGGGUCGUCGCCCGACUCGAACCCGAGUUCUCGCAACCAUACCGAGCCGACCAUGUUCGAGAAUUGCAAGGUGUUGAGUGAGAGGUACAGGAUUCGGUGGACUUUGAAUGCUGACGUGGACUCCAUCGAUAUCGGGUUGGAAGCGGCGACCGGGAUCACGGACUACAUGGCUUUCGGGUGGGCCAACCCGAACUCGACCUCGCAGCCCAUGAUCAAAUCCGACGUGGCGGUGGCGGGUUUCAGAGAAGACGGCACGCCGUUUGUGGACGACUAUUACAUCACGAACUACAGCGAGUGCGUGACCAACAAAGACGGUGUCGUACAAGGCGUUUGCCCCGACACCAUUUACGAAGGAUCCGACCCGGUUGGCCUCGUCAACAAUACCAAGUUGGUUUAUGGGCGUAGAAUUGAUGGGGUCUCGUUUAUUCGGUAUCGGAGACCGUUAAAUUCGGUUGAUGACAAGUAUGAUUUGCCGGUGAAUCAUACUGAGAAUUUAACGGUGAUUUGGGCAGUUGGGCCUAUAAGGCCACCUGAUACUUUGAGACCUUACUAUCUUCCUCAAAAUCAUGGUGGGUUUUAUGGGCAUUUUGUGCUUAAUGUAUCAGACCCAGUUGAUGAUUGUUUGGGUCCUUUGAAUUCAGAGGAUAAGGAAGAUCAGGGCAUAAUUAUUGCGGAUGCUAAUGCUCCGCUGGUGGUUGCGUCCGGUCCUGCAUUGCAUUACCCGAACCCUCCUAACCCGGCUAAAGUGUUUUACAUUAACAAGAAGGAGGCUCCGGUGUUGAGAGUUGAGCGUGGGGUGCGGGUUAAGUUUUCAAUUCAAGCUGGACAUGAUGUUUCUUUUUAUAUUACUUCGGAUUCAAUUGGUGGGAAUGCUACAUUAAGGGGUUUGAAUGAGACGAUUUAUUCAGGGGGGGCGAGUGCUGAGGGAGUUCAAGCGAGUCCAAUGGAGUUAGUGUGGACGCCGGAUAGGAAUACGCCUGAUGAAGUUUACUAUCAGUCUUUGUAUCAACAGAAAAUGGGGUGGAGAGUGGAGGUGGUUGAUGGGGGUCUGCCUGAUAUGUAUAAUAAUAGUGUUAUUUUGGAUGAUCAGCAAGUUACAUUCUUUUGGACUUUGUCGGAGGAAUCAAUAUCAAUUGCAGCUCGUGGUGAGAAGAAAAGUGGUUAUCUUGCAAUUGGAUUUGGUACUGGAAUGAUAAAUAGCUAUGCUUAUGUGGGUUGGAUGGAUGAGGACGGGGUAGGGCGGGUAAGCACGUAUUGGAUUGAUGGAAAGGAUGCAGUGAGUGUGCAUCCGACUCAUGAGAAUUUGACAUACGUGAGAUGCAAGUCAGAGGGUGGUAUCAUCACUCUGGAAUUCACACGUCCCUUGAAACCUCUGUCUUGUGGUCAUGGUCAUAAAAGGUUGGAGUGUAAUAACAUUAUUGAUCCCACAACACCUCUUAAAGUUAUCUGGGCAAUGGGUGCUAAAUGGUCAAAUGGGAGUCUAAGCGAGAGAAAUAUGCAUUCCGUCACAAGUAGCAGGCCUGUUCGGGUGCAGCUUAUGCGUGGUUCUGCAGAGGCAGAAGAGGAUUUACGACCGGUAUUGGCUGUACAUGGGUUUAUGAUGUUUCUGGCUUGGGGCAUUUUGCUUCCUGGUGGAAUAUUGGCAGCUAGGUACCUAAAGCAUGUUAAGGGUGAUGGUUGGUACCAGAUUCAUGUUUACUUGCAGUACUCGGGUUUGGCAAUUGUCUUCCUUGGCCUUCUUUUUGCAGUGGCUGAGCUUAGGGGAUUCUAUGUUAGUUCAUUACAUGUUAAGCUUGGAAUUACAGCAAUUGUUUUGGCUUUUGUACAACCAGUGAAUGCGUACCUAAGGCCUAAAAAACCAGAUAAUGGGGAGGAGGUUACCUCGCAAAGGCUUCUUUGGGAGUAUGGCCAUGUCAUUUUGGGCAGAUCUGCCAUUGUUGCCGGUAUUGCAGCACUCGUCAGUGGAAUGAAGCAUUUAGGAGAAAGAUAUGGUGGUGAAAAUGUUCAUGGACUUAAUUGGGCUUUAAUGGCUUGGUUCUUGGUUGGUGCAUUGAUAAUCGUGUAUCUGGAAUUCCGUGAAAAACGUCGGAGGAGGGAGAGAAUUUUUGGAAGAAGCAAUUGGGUGUUGGGUAACCAUGAUGAAGAUGAUUCUCAUGAUCUUUUAAGCCCAAAUGGAACUCUAGCAGAAAAAGAGUCACAACAAUCUGGAAGAAUGGAAGUUCAAUUAGAACCUAUGAGCAGAUAGAUAUGUUAGAAAAUUACUUUUUGGUAUACAGUCACCACUCCACAUCAGUUUUGAUAUUGUUGUUACUCAUACACAGGUUAGCCGGCUUGUUCAUUUGCAUGAAAGGUUUUUGCAGUGUGAGGGGGUUACUCAGUAUUCGCUAUAUUUGCUUUCAAACGUUCAUCUUGAAGAUAAUAACCCUGCAACACGUAUUUUGUAUACUCAUACAUCUCAACACAGUGGAAGGUUAUAUUAUUCUCUCUCUCUUUCUCAUUAAUUGAGAGCAGAGUUUCUUUGCAAUGUGGAUUAGUUUAGCUUCUGUAUGUUAAGAUUUAGGGGGUGUCAUUUUCACACCUUUGAAAGCUAUAGUUUCUUUAGCUAAAAUGAAAGUUGUUGUUGCUGUAUAUUAUGAGAUGCUAACCAAUGAUACUUAAUGUUUUACAGGCAUUGCCAUUGCAUUCUACUAGAAAUUGAAAUUUAGUUGAUCAUAAA